AUGAAUCGACGUUUUCCUGAAUGUACAAUCUUCCUGGUUCUUCUUUUCUUUUCGAUAGUCUAUGGUACCCUUUCUAAAUCAGAUCGGAAAGAAAAGUGGAAAAACUUUCAAGGAACCGAAGAAAAACGAAAGGGGGGAAAUAACAGUCUGAGGCAAUCAAAACAUUUCGAGGAUAAUGCUGGAAGAGUGACUGUUGCAGGUAUACUUAAUGACCAUAAUAAUUUGUGCGUGGAGAAAAGAAAGUUUAACCACCCUAUAUUGGCUUAUAUUACACCGUGGAAUAAUGGUGGGUAUAACAUUGCGAAAUGGGCGGCUCAAAAAUUCACUCAUAUAUCUCCAGUUUGGUUUCAAUUUAAGCCAGAAGUGAAACAGAAAACAUGUAUUAUACUUGGAAUUCAUGAUAUGGAUAUACAGUGGUUGGCUGAUGUUCAUGCAAAUAAUUCAAAAAUCAAGUUUGUGCCACGUUUUAUCAUUGGGGAAUCAGCACGCGAAAGUAUUGAACGUUUUUUAUAUGAUGAAAGAUGGCAAACAAAUUGUGCUCAAUUAGUUGUCAAUUUCAUAAAGAAAAACAAGAUGCAUGGAGCGGUCAUAGAAGUUUGGCUUCAAGUUUUGUCGUUGGUUCAAAAAGAAGUGAAAGAAGAACUGAUUGAAUUGGUUUCACACUGGGCAGAACUUUUUCAUCAGGCUGAACUUGAAAUUAUUGUGCCUCUUCCUGUACCUCUCAGUGACAAGAAUAAACCAUCCGGAGUUGUAAUGAAGGCAGAAUUGGCCAGAAUAAUAAGUAGUGUCGACUUUGUCAAUGUGAUGACAUAUGACUACAAUUCUGAUCAUUUUGUUGGAGUAUCACCAUUUGAAUGGAUUCGACGCAAUUUGGAAUAUAUUUUGUCAGAUUCAUCGAUUAAUUCGUCCAAACUUCUUAUGGGGCUCAAUUUUUAUGGUUAUGCUUCUCAACAGACUACAAUCAAAGCUGUUAUCGGUAAAGACUUUAUCGAAUAUGUAACAUCACAAUCAGGAACGUUGUUUUGGAAUUCUAUAACGAAAGAACAUUUCCUCAAAACAAAGGGCGAAGAUUUUUGCAUUUAUCCGACACUGGCAUCUUUGCAAAUCAGACGAGACCUUGCCAAUCAUUUUAACGUUGGCCUGGGUAUUUGGGAACUCGGACAAGGCCUUAAUUAUUUUACAUGCUUAUUUUAA